AUGGAGUGGAAUGGACCAAACCACCCAUUUGUAGUUUGGGCGUCUUGUUUCCUAUGGGCUAUAUCAGUUUUUUCGAUUAUAUGGUCUUUACUUUUAUUUUUAUGUGUAAGCGAUAUGUUAUUUUUUACGGGAACGGACUUAGUGAAUGCACUUAUUCUACUCUCUGGAAUAUUGAUGAUGCCAACAACUUUAUUUAUUAUGAAUUCUAUUGCAACUGGGAAAAAAAUUAACCACAAGGAUAAAGUUUUAUGUUGCCCAUUAUGGCUUUGCAUUGUUUGUAUAAUAUUCAUAAAUGUAAUUGGUGUUCUUUUUUGCAUACAUAAAAUAUAUGUAUGCCAGGAAACGACAAUGAAAUUUAUUACAAGCUGUAUGAAGAGUUAUAAAACGGUACCAAAAUAUAAGAACUUCGUGGAUAAUCUACAAUGGACUUUUAAAUGCUGUGGGUUAGUUUCGUACAAGGAUUGGUAUAAACAAGACUGGCAUGAUAAAGUUGGUGAAUAUGAAUUGGAGCCAUCGAAUGCUAAACAAACGAAAGCAAAAAAUGUAAAUGAAGUGGACAGUGUCCCUUUAAGCUGUUGUAAAAGUGGAUCUUGUGUAUCAAGUUAUCUGAAAGAAUUAGGAACUCAUUCCAUAAAUACAAGUGGGUGUGGUCAAAUUUUGUACCGCAUUAUUAUGAUUUCCAUGAAUGCUCAUCUUGUGAUGUUUGUCUCAGUGACACUUCUAGAGGUUUUCAUACUCCGAACUAUCAUUAUAGAAGGACGAAAAAAUUUGCUUGAUAGCACAAGGAAUUACAAAAACGUAAGCCAUAUUAUGUCAGUGAAUGAAAAUUUUGAUGCCUCAAGUGGAUCAUAUCAAUAUAUUGUUCAAGACAGUGACGAUGCAGUAGAAUAUGAAAAAUCUCUCAAUCAAAAUGAUUAUUAG